CUUGAGUAUUUUGGUUUUUUCAAUCGAAAAUCGCUACUGCCGCCAUUCUUUCUACUAUUUGGAAGUUUAUUUCACACCUCGCACUUAAUACCCCGUGGAACAAUACAAACACUUCCUUUAUUUAAUAGUAGAAAAGCCAGAUGCAAGGCGGCCGCGCUAGUGGUGUUUUUAUUGCUACAUUGUUUUUCCUUACAAAAAGAAAAAGCAAUGAAAUAGCGGCUUUAAUACACUGACACCCCGCCGCCCGGCAUCAUGUCAGCCGCUGCCUCUGCCGCUUCCAGCACCACCACCACCAUGGUGGUGCAGCAAAUCCAGCAAAAAGACCACUUGGAAAAGCAGAAGAAGCAAAGCGGAAUAAAUGCAGCGCUCAACCUGGCCGAUGGUACUCAGCAGCAAGCAACGAGCCCUUUGGAAGACCAACUGUCCAUGCUGACUUUUAUGCUGCAAGACAACGACGAUGUUAUCAUGGAUCUACUACCGCUAAACGCGAAGCAAACCGUCACAAACGACAUGAAAAACAUCAUCCUCACGAUUUUUCGCAGCAUGAUGGGAAGGUUGAAAGAGUACCGGGACGCGUUCAUAAACCAAGUGCAACAGCAUCAACAACAGCAGGCGGGAAUAACUCAUCUUGUUAUGCAGCAGCAAAACCAGCAACAUGGUAUCAACUUCAAAAAUUUCAAACUUGAGCAACUCCACACACUACUAGACAUUUUGUCCCGGCUCUGCGACAAUCACCCAGACUUCGCGGCGCAACUCGCUUCCUAUGACAGUGCACAACCCCCCCUCCCCCUCAUUUGUCAUGCAAAAUACCCAAUCCACCCUUUGCCUGUUGGCACUGUUUGCAUGACAAGAUCUCGCAGCCCAAAUAGCACUGUACUCCAGUGCAAAUUUGUCAUGCAAGACCGGCACUCUUCCUGAUGCUUGUAUUGCCGUUCAUGCUAUACAAAUGAGGCAGAGGGGGAGUUGUGCACUGUUAUACUUCCGGUGCGGAAAUGAACGCAGCGGAUCACACCACAGCUUCGAGUACUUAUCAAAUGCAAAUAUGUCUGGGUCUGGAAACUUGUAAUGCUAAAAGUGAAUGAUAGAUGCGCCGCAAUACGCAGCUAUGCAUGACAAAUUUUGUAGUGGCUGCCAUGUCUUACGUAUUCCGCAAGGCAAGCUGCCUUUUCGCAUGACAGUUAGGAUGGCUCUUUCGUGCCUAUGCAACACAGAUUCUCGAGUCAUGCCAGACAAGCAUGACAAACUUGCACUCUUCCAGACCCAGACAUUUUUGCAUUUGAUAGUACUGGCAGCACGAACUCGAACCCAGCCGGAGACAAGAUCAUCUACCAUGAGAUAAUCCUCUCGUUGACAAAAGCGGUGUCUACCCUCGCGUCAACGACGCCCACGUCAACUUUAUCAUCCCCGUCUGACUUGAGCAACAGCAAUACGAUGAACAUGAACAAUGACACCAACGACCAAGACGCGCAGGACGUGCUGUGGCGGUUGACAUGGUUAGUCUUAUGCUACAAGGGACUCCCAGGGGUUACGGAGUUGCAGGACCUUCCCGGGAGCCCUGCCAUGUCGAAUUUGACGACAACGCAGGCGCUGCGGUUGUACUAUAAUAUUUGGUACAAUUUGUCCAAUAAGACGAAAAGGCUUCCCGCCAGUGCCCAGCUCCACGAUCAAAACUCGUUGACCCACGGGAAAAAAUUGGUGGCGAGCAUGCUGGAAAAGAUGUUCCCGAUCUUGGACUCGCUGUUUCGAGAUUUUGAGAUGUUCAAACCAGGAGGUAAUUUUUCUCAGACCGGUGGUGUUACAAGUACAACUACAGGGAACAACAACAGUCUUCAGCAUCUUUCAGGCGAAGCACGGGAGAAGAAGCUCGCUCUGGACAAUUUGGAAGCGAAUAUUGAGUAUUGCCAGCAGCUACUUACCCGGGUUUUGGACUUUGCCACUGAUGUUUUCAAAAAGGAAAACAGCGAAUAUUUCUUGAAUAUCUACGACGCGGGUCGAGAUUGGCGACAUUUGGAAGACAAUCAUCGGCAAAGGGUACAAACGGAAAGGUUGCAGUUGAUGAUAUUGCUCGUGCGUUUGUUUUAUGCAAUGCAAUAAAAGUAUCGUACUAGUAUAAAUCGCAUGACAAAUUUGCUCAGCAUGAGAAAUAAGAUUUGUCAUGCUGUUUUACCUUGGAAAGGAGAUUUGUAAUGCAUGAUUGCAAUUAAUACUACGAGUGCGAUACUUUUGCACUGGAUAUGUUUUGUGGAUGAGAACGUAGUGAAGGUGAUUCUCAACAUUGGGAAACGGCUGGGACGGCAGAUCGUGUGACAAGGAACAUGAUGAUUUGGUAUAGCGAGCAAAAUAGAAAACCAAAACGAAAACAGGUGCGUAGCGGUCGCAGAAGACUUCUACGAACAAAGAAUUAAGUAGAUUGAGUACAGCGAUGAAGAACAUGAAUUAGAGUAAAGCAUUUAAACGAUCCAAACAUGAUGUAACGCAGUAAACGUUGUUGCUAGUAGGAUCCACCUCCAGAUGUGGCUCUUGAUACUUACCCAUUCUCCCAAAAAGAAGUCUUGAAGUUGUAU